CCGCCCCCAAUUCCCUCACUUCACCCACCGCCACUCUUUUCUUUCUACUUCUUAUUUAUUUAUUUUCCUCCUUUUUAUUUCUUUUUUCCCCCUAACUCUACCCUCUUCGUUCUAUCUUCUGCUUCCCUUCCGCCACGAUCAUCCUCAAUCGCCUCUAUUUUAUUCACAACUAAUUUCAGUUUCUUUCUCAACUUUCUUUUCCAAUUACAGAUCUCAUUCCUUUUUCUUUAAUUCAAUUCAAUCAACACUGCUUUAUAUAGAUCCGAAUAUGUUUUCUUUCUUCUAAUUGGAUCCGAUACUAAGAAGAAGAAGAAGAAGAAGAAGAAGAAGAAAGGAACUCGCUAUUUCCAUUCUAGUUUAAUUUAAUUUUUGAAUGUCCUGAGUUUAAUUUCGGUUCAAGAUCGUUCGGUUUCUUUAAGAUUUGUUUAACAACGUAGUAAUACCAUUUAUGGUAGUUUUCGGAUCUGAUUUGAACAAUUUGUCCAAAUUUUCCAAGAAACCCUAGGUGGUGGGGUUAAUGGGUAAAGACGAGAUUCUUAAAAUUGAAGACGUCGAAGAAGGGGAAAUCUCUGAUACAGCUUCAGUUGAGGAGAUCAGUGAGGAGGAUUUUAAUAAGCUUGAAUCUUCUGCUCCUAAGGUGGUACCCCCUAAAGAUUCCAAUCGGGAAACUAGAGUUUGGACCAUGAGUGAUUUGUAUAAGAAUUAUCCCACCAUGCGUCAUGGUUAUGCUUCUGGUUUGUACAAUCUUGCUUGGGCACAGGCAGUUCAGAAUAAGCCUUUGAAUGAUAUUUUCGUUAUGGAGGCCGACCCCGAUGAGAAAUCCAAGCGCUCCUCUUCUUCUCCUUUUGGGAAUGCCAAAGAUGAUGGUAAUAAUACUACAAAUAAAGUCGUGAUUGAUGAUAGUGGUGAUGAAAUGAAUUGUGAUAAUGCCAAUGGCGACAAAGAGGAAGGCGAAUUAGAGGAAGGUGAAAUUGAUAUGGAUACGGAGUUCGUCGAAGAGGUUGUCAACUCCAAAGCAAUGUUGUCUGACAGUCGUGAUAAGGAUAUUGAUGGUCAGGAGUUUGAUUUGGAAAACAAGGAAUUGGAUGACCAACUGAAAUUGAUUCAGAAAACAUUGGAUGGUGUUACAAUCGACGCUGCCCAGAAAUCCUUUCAGGAAGUUUGCUCCCAACUACAUAGUUCUAUAGAGACGUUUUUGGAAUUGCUUCAGGGAAGGGUAGUACCCCGAAAGGAUGCGCUCAUUCAACGAUUAUAUGCUGCUCUUCGUAUAAUCAAUUCUGUGUUUUGUUCCAUGAACCUCAACGAAAAGGAGGAACAGAAGGAACAUUUGUCAAGGUUACUUUCUUUUGUAAAAAAUUGCGAUCCUCCUCUCUUUUCUCCUGAGCAGAUAAAAUCGGUAGAGGUCAAAAUGCCAUCUACAGAUUCCCUCGACAAUUUGCCCAGCAUGAGAGCCAGUGCUAAAGAGGUUGAGAUUCAUAUACCCAAUGGGGUGAAAAAUAAGGAUUUCUAUUCUGCGUAUACAAAUGCUAGUCCACAUUUGACUCCUUCAACUAAGUUGCCUUCGGAUUCCAUACCUUUUGGUGUUACGGGAAAUAAUAACCUUAAUAUCUUAUCAGAGGGAUUGCAAUCUGGGGUAUCUAGUAUAAAGAGUAGAGGCCCCCUACUCCCACUGUUAGACCUUCACAAGGAUCAUGAUGCAGACAGUCUUCCAUCACCCACCAGAGAAGCUCCUACAAUUUUUUCUGUCCAAAAAUUAGUGAAUGCCCCUGCAAAGUUGGCCCUUGCUGUAGAUGGAUCUAGAUCGCAUCCUUAUGAAACCGAUGCCCUUAAAGCUGUUUCGACCUAUCAACAGAAGUUUGGUCGAAGCUCCUUUUCAAUGGCUGAUAGACUUCCUAGUCCAACUCCUUCAGAAGAAUAUGAUGGGGGUGGUGAUAUUGGUGAGGAGGUUUCUAGUUCUUCCAUUAUCAGAAGUCUAAAGUCUUCAAAUUCUUCUAAACCGGGUCAAAAGGUGCCAAAUUCUGCUUCUAACAUAUCCCCUGGUCUUUUUCCUAACAUGGAUAGUUCCAGCACCAAAGUACUGGUUAGUCCUCUAAAUGUUGCUCCUCCAAGCUCUGUGGUGAAUCCGACAAUAAAGCCUUUAGCAAAAAGUAGGGACCCUAGACUACGAAUGGUCAAUUCUGAUGGAAUUUCUACGGAUCUUAAUGCACGCACAAUGACCUCAGUGAAGAAUUCUUCUAUUUUAGAAUCUGCUGCAACCCUAAACUCAAGAAGGCAAAAGAUGGAUGUGGAGCCUAAUACAGAUGGUUCUGAAACGAAAAGGCAGAGGAUUGGAUCUCAGAAUCUUGCAGUAGCUGCAAGUGAUAUGAGAGCUGUAUCUGGAAACGGUGGCUGGUUAGAAGAUACCAUGCCAGCGGCACCCAGACUUUCUAAUAGGAAUCAGAUGGAGAUUGCUGAAGCAAAUGCAACUGAAAAAAUUGAUGUUCCAAACAAUUCUGGUGCUGGAAAUGAGCGCACACCUACAGUAAAUUCUAGCACUAAUGCUUCCUUGCCCUCACUGUUGAAAGAUAUUGUUGUCAACCCAACCAUGCUCCUCAAUUUACUUAAAAUGAGCCAACAGCAGCAAUUGGCUGCAGAAUUGAAAUUGAAGUCAAGUGAACCUGAACAAAAUGGAAUUUGUCCUACAAGCUUAAAUCCUUGUCAAGGAUCUAGUCCACUAAUAAAUGCUCCUGCUGUGACCUCAGGAAUUUUGCAGCAGCAGUCAGCAGCAACACCAAGUGUACCACCAAUGGUUGCUGGAAGUCGACAGGAUGAGUCGGGAAAAGUUCGUAUGAAACCUCGUGACCCUCGCCGUGUCCUCCAUGGUAAUUCUCAUCAGAAGGUUGGGAGCUUGGUAAAUGAUCAGUUAAAAGGUUUUGUACCAACUACUCCAAACACGGAAAGAAAUGGCCAUAAGCAAGAAGGACUGGGAGAUUUGAAAUUAGCUUCGUCACACACAUUACUACCUGAUAUUGGUAGACAAUUCACUAACAAUCUGAAAAAUAUUGCUGAUAUUAUGUCUGUUCCCUUGCCACCAACUUCUUCACAGAAUUCAUCAUCACAGCCAGUUAAAAUGGACAGAAUGGAUACUAAUGCUGUAGGAUCAAGCUCUAUGGACAGUAAACCUGUGACAACUGCUAACCAAGCAGUAGAUAUGGCUGUCCCCUCUCGAUCACAGGGUACAUGGGGAGAUCUCGAGCAUCUAAUUGAAAGUUAUGAUGACAAGCAAAAAGCUGCGAUCCAGAGAGAGAGGGCAAGAAGAAUUGAAGAGCAGAGAAAAAUGUUUGCUGCACGCAAACUUUGCCUUGUCUUGGAUCUAGAUCACACACUUUUGAAUUCAGCUAAGUUUGUGGAAGUAGAUCCAGUGCAUGAUGAAAUUUUGAGAAAGAAAGAGGAACAGGAUCGUGAGAAGGCACAGAGACAUCUUUUCCGAUUUCCUCAUAUGGGAAUGUGGACAAAACUACGGCCUGGGGUUUGGAACUUCUUGGAAAAGGCUAGCGAGCUCUAUGAACUGCAUCUGUACACAAUGGGAAACAAGCUAUAUGCAACAGAGAUGGCAAAAGUGCUUGAUCCAAAAGGGGUUCUGUUUGCUGGGCGAGUUAUUUCUCGAGGUGAUGAUGGAGACCCAUUGGACAGUGAUGACAGGGCACCCAAGAGUAAGGAUCUGGAGGGUGUUUUGGGCAUGGAGUCUGGUGUUGUUAUAAUAGAUGAUUCCAUCAGGGUGUGGCCACAUAACAAAAUGAACUUGAUUGUUGUAGAAAGGUAUACUUACUUUCCAUGUAGUAGGCGCCAGUUUGGGCUUCUGGGUCCUUCUCUUCUAGAGAUUGACCAUGAUGAGAGACCUGAAGAUGGUACUUUGGCUUCUUCACUUGGGGUUAUCCAGAGAAUCCACCAAACUUUUUUCUCCAAUCCUGACUUAGAUCAAGUAGAUGUUAGAACUAUUUUGUCUGUGGAGCAACAAAAGAUUUUGGCUGGUUGCCGUAUAGUGUUUAGCAGGGUUUUCCCGGUUGGUGAAGCAAAUCCUCAUCUGCAUCCCCUGUGGCAAACAGCUGAACAGUUUGGCGCCCAGUGCACCAACCAGAUUGAUGAACAGGUUACCCACGUCGUUGCAAAUUCUCUUGGGACUGACAAGGUGAAUUGGGCUCUCUCCACUGGCAGAUUCGUAGUCCAUCCUGGGUGGGUGGAAGCAUCAGCUCUGCUUUACCGGAGGGCAAAUGAGCAGGACUUUGCCAUAAAACCAUAAACCCCACCAACCCACCCACCCACCGGCAACCUUAACACACACCUUUUGCUAAAUUAAAACUGAAAGAUUAAAACACAAGAUGAUAUAACACGGAGAAGAAUACACAACACGGUGGCUUUAUAUUUGGAUGUAGUGUUGGGCAAAGCCUAAGACUACUAAGAGAGAGAGAGAGAUAGACAUGUUAUAACUCCCCAUUUAACACGCCCGACAACUGCAAGAAAGCGUGGAAAGCAGCCCAAAGAGAGAUUACACACUGAAUUUAUGCGCCACCCUCCCCCCCCCCCCACAUUUUGACUUGGGAGAUAGAUUUGAAAUAAUCAAUGGGUCAAUGAGAGGAAGGAGAGUAACAGAGAGUGAAAUAGAGGGUGAAAGGGAAUUUGGGUAAAUUGUGAGUUCUCAUACGGUCCAAUUUUCACUGGUGGGGGCCUCUUUACAUUUUUCUUUUGCUUUAGCUUUGAAUUUAUUUUUUAGUUGAAAUUGCGUGAGCGAACAAUUUAGAUUUACUCUCUAAUUCGUCCUACCCAAUUUGAAUGAGAUGGAAUGAAGGCAAAUGCAAGAUUGGACCGAUCUUGGGUGAUAGAUUUGUCUUUUUUUUUAGCUAUAAGUCGGUAUGGGAAGGAGGAAUAAGGUGUCUGCUCAGAAGAUUUGUUAUGGUUUUGGAAGUGCGAGGUUGAGCGAGGAGCGGGACAAUGGCAAAGGGGCUUCCUUCCGAUCACUUGAUGAUAAAUGAGAUGAACAAUCCUUGCAAAUGGCCCAAUUUUCUUUUUCAUUUUCAAACUUCUCUUUUCCCCUUUAAAAAAGUGUUUUGUUAAACAAAAUCUAUCCUCCAAGAUUUCAAGUUUGAACUAUGAAGAAUGGUUGUGGCCACUAUUUACCUUUUUUUAAAAAAAAAUCAAAAUUUAAAAUUUUGAAAGGAAGGUUUUCAAGCUUCUGUCUCUCUGGAAUUUAUUUAAAAGACAAGUGGAAAACCGGAAAUAUGAAACGUUUCUGGCAAAAAUUAACAAAGAUCAUCAAUGAGACUGAUCGAGUUACGAACAUACCAUUUCUACAAUAGCAAGAGAUUAAAUCUUUCCGGGGAUAGAGAUGAAGUUUCUCCAAUUUAUUUGGGUGUACAGAUUUUGGAAUGAACUUUCUUUCCCAAAGUGCCCCCCAUUUUCAAAAAAUUAAUGUGUUAUGAAGCUCCAGUUUAACUUGUUUAAAAUUAUAUUUUUUUUUUCAAUAAAAAUACUGAGUACUCUUCUAA